GUUUCCCGCGGUCCAAGAAAUCUCGCCUAGCAUCAACUUAUCAUACCACAUAUCUUCCUAGCUUGAAGCCGGCCACUUACGUCGCCAUACACAAGACUGAAAUGAUUCCCGUUGGUCUCAAACGCAAAUGGGAAGAUAUAGAAUAUGAUUCAGAUGAUGAUGAACCAACUUUCGGAAAACAAAUAUUGCCUGUGGCGAAUCUACCUAUCAACUUUGACCGCGAGCCAGAAGAUGGACUGGAAUAUCUGUUCACGGUUAGACGCGAUGCACGGCGGCUACCGCAUGUCACAAGGGUCACUAACCCGUACGAACUGCCCGAACCCGUUCCGCCACUUGAUUUCGUGCAAUCCGACAGCUCACAUAGCAACCUUCCCUCUGAACUUUGGCGUUCUACUUUCUUAACACACUUUCGAAAUUUCAGAAAGAACAUCGCUCAACCAACUAUCCACGUGCAUAUCGAUCCUCACGGAUCACGGAAGGUUAUGCCAGAUAAGAAAGAAAGAGAUCUAUGGUGGUCAUUUCUUGCCGGUUCACCGGAAUCAGACUGGAACCCACCCAAAAAGACAAAGAAAAUGUCGACAAAAAAUAGAUCCUAUGGUCGCAUGUCAGCGUUUUGCGACGAGUCGGAGGUGGAAUAUAACACCAAUAACCAGCAAAAUAUUCACGAAACCCACGAGACCUGGCGUAUCAAUUCAGAAGGCGACGUUGAACUCGCGGAGGAUAAUCUAGCAGGUACACCAUCAUCCGCAGUUCAGCCACGUUCAAAUGGUUCUGGCUUAUCUAUGUCACCAGUGCAGACAGAAUCCAGAAGCACGAGUUCCUUGCUGACUCGUCCAGGCCCGGAACAGCCUCGUGAGAUCACCCCCUCAUUGCUGCGAAAAAUAGAUCAUAAUUUAUCCCUGCACCUUCUUAUGUACUUCGCUCACUGGAUGAACAUCCACCUGCAGCACCCCGCUGAACCAAGCUUUACGAUCCUUGAGAGUCAUGCACGUUGGAUGUUUGUGUUGUUGGCUAAAGUGGAAGACUUCAUUUCAGCGGAUGACAUGAGUCAACUCAGGAGCCUAGCCCGCGCUUGUUUGGAACUGCUUGUCCGGCGACUGAAGGCCGAGAAGCCUGGAGUGCCUGACGAUGUGUCAUCCAAGAUUGGCAUGACUGACGCGUCAUGUUGGAUCAUUUUUACGGCCGUCUCUGGCAUAUGGGGACAAAGUGAUCUUUGGCGGGACGCGGAGAAGUUACUGGCGAGUGCUUAAUGUCGUAUGGCUAUAUCACUGACUACGUUAGAGCUAAUUCCAUGGCGAUCAUCCGUGCUCAGCGGUCCGCUGGUUGAAGUUUGAACACUAGUGUGCACGGCGAGACGGGAACCUCGUUGUUUGUGGACUUCCGUCUUCAAUUUCAAGUCUCAAACAUGAUUGUGAUGGUGUUUGACGCAUGCAGCAAUGAACGACCGGUACUUCAUUCCGAUGGUGUCGGGCGUUCUCUGCGCAUUGUAUUUCUCAGUCACCGGUGCUCAUGCAUGGACGAAUUCCGGGUCUUAGACAAUGUUGGGAGCCCGAACAAGCUCAGGCCUAUAGUUAUCUCUCGCGCUUAUCACACGUUAUAUAUACGGUGAACGUUUGAACCCCCUAUAAUGUCUUAGAUCACCAGAUCAUAUCGUUUGUUAAUGCACGGGCUGAAACCCCCUUGAUGAUCAUUGUCA